AUGGUGGGUGAGGACGGAGACCUUGAAUUCGAUCCUCAGUUCCACGGUUAUGACUCCAACAUGGACGACAGCAGAGACAACAAGAAGAACCGUUUCUCCAACACAAUGGUCUUCAUGGAGGAAUAUCUGAACAACGUCCUGAACGAUGAGCUGCCCUUUCACAACGAGGAGAAAAACAAACUCACAUACGAGGUGGUGAGUUUGGCCAGACAUUUGAUCUACUUUGGUUUCUACAGUUUCUUUGAGCUGCUCAGACUCACCAGAACUCUGCUGGGCAUCAUCGACUGUAGACCCAACCCUGGAUAUGCUGGGGUCUUAUUCCAUGAUGAUGGAUCAGGGAAAAACGUCAAGCGCUCCAUACAUGGGAUGGGUCAGAUUAUGUCCACCAUGGUCCUUAACAGGAAGCAGUCCAUAUUUGGAGGUGCAGGAGCCAGAGGGGCGGGGGCGGGAAAUGCGCUUGAAGGACAGAGAGGCAGUAAAGAUAGUAUCGAAAAUAUGGACCUGACUGUGAUGGACACCAAGCUGAAGAUACUGGAGAUAUUACAGUUCAUCCUGAACGUUCGUCUGGACUACCGCAUCUCCUUCCUGCUGUCAGUGUUUAAGAAAGAGUUUGUGGAUGUUUAUCCCAUGGCUGAUGCCGACGCCACCACCAAUUUGGAGCACGCAGCCACCAUCAACCUGCAGCACAUUGGAGAGCAGGCUGAGGCUAUGUUUGGAGUCGGGAAAGGGAACAGUAUUUUGGAGGUGGAUGAUGAAGGCGGUCGGAUGUUCCUGAGGGUUCUGAUCCACCUCACCAUGCACGACUACCCUCCUUUAGUCUCUGGAGCCCUGCAGCUGCUCUUCAGACACUUCAGCCAGAGACAGGAGGUGCUGCACACCUUCAAACAGGUCCAGUUGUUGAUCACGUCGCAGGAUGUAGAAAACUACAAGCUGAUCAAGGCGGAUCUGGACCGACUCCGAACGCUGGUGGAGAAAUCUGAACUGUGGGUGGAGAAGAAGAGCUCAGGUGGAGGCGACGGGAAGAAAGACAAGAAGGACAAGAAGGAGAAAGGGGAGGGGGCAUCAGAGGACGCUCCCCCCAAGAAAGAGAAGCUGGAGAAGGGCAACGAGAACUACCAGAAAGUCAAAGAGAUCCUGGAGAGGUUGAAUAAGAUGUGCAGCACAGGAGUCUGGAAGAAGCAGCAGAGGCUCCUGAAGAACAUGGGCGCUCAUAAAGUCAUGCUGGACCUCCUGCAGGUGUCCUACGACCAGAGUGAUUUGAAGAUGCUGGAGAUCAUCAGGUACACUCACCUGUUCCUGCAGAAGUUCUGCACGGGGAACCAGGAGAACCAGGCUCUGCUGCAUAAGAACCUCAACCUGUUCCUCAACCCGGGGCUGCUGGAGGCGGAGACGGUUCAGCACAUCUUCAGCAACAACUACCAGCUGUGCAGCGAGAUCUCAGAGAGCGUCCUGCAGCACUUCAUCCACUGCCUAGCAACGCACGGUCGCCACGUGCAGUACCUCAACUUCCUGCACACCAUCAUCAAGGCCGAGGGCAAGUACGUGAAGAAGUGCCAGGACAUGAUCAUGACCGAGCUCACUAACUCCGGGGAGGACGUGGUGGUCUUCUACAACGACAAGGCCUCGUUCAACGUGAUGCUGGACCUGAUGGCCGAGAGUCGGGAGGGGGUCGGGGAGAGCAGCCCACUCAGGUACCACAUCUCUCUGGUGGAGCUGCUGGCAGCGUGCGCCGAGGGGAAGAACGUUUACACGGAGAUCAAAUGUACGUCUCUGCUUCCUCUGGAGGACGUGGUGCGAGUGGUGACGCACGAGGACUGCAUCACCGAGGUGAAGGUGGCGUACGUGAACUUUGUGAAUCACUGCUACGUGGACACAGAGGUGGAGAUGAAGGAAAUCUACACGUCGAACCACAUCUGGAAACUGUUUGAGGACUUCACCGUGGACAUGGCCAGGGUGUGUAACCAGCGGGAGAAGCGCCUCACUGAUCCCAUCCUGGAGAAAUACAUCAUCAACGUGGUGUUCGACACCAUCCACUCCUUCUUCAGCUCCCCGUUCUCUGAGAACAGCACGUCUCUGCAGACUCAUCACACCAUCGUCACCCAGCUCCUUCAGUCCUCUGUGCGGCUGCUGGACUGUCCCUGGCUGCAGCAGCAGCACCGAGGCCAGGUGGAGACCUGCAUCAAGACCCUCGCCAUGACAGCUAAGAGCCGCUCCAUCGCGCUGCCUCUGGACCUGGAGUCUCAGAUCAGCUGCAUGCUCUCCAGCUCCGCUCUCAACUCUCUGUCUCGCUCCAACCCGAACUACAAGUCCUCCUCCCGCUCCUCCAGACCCAUCGCCCCCAGCAACCCCUGGGACUACAAGAACAUCAUCGAGAAGCUGCAGGACAUCAUCAACACUCUGGAGGAGCGUCUGAAGCCUCUGGUGAACGCGGAGCUGUCGGUGCUCGUGGACGUCCUCCAUCAGCCGGAGCUGCUGUUCCUGGAGGGGACGGACGCCCGGCAGCGCUGCGAGUCGGGGGGCUUCAUCUCCAAACUGAUCCAGCACACCAAAGCGCUGAUGAACGCCGAGGAGAAGCUGUGUAUCAAAGUCCUGAGGACUCUGCAGGAGAUGCUGAUCCGCACUCUGGACUUUGAUGAAAAGGGAAUUUCCCUGCGGAAGGUUUUGCUGCAGAACUACUUGUUUCCAAACAAGAAAAACACCCCGAAGAACGACCUCUCUGAACUUGGAGCUUCAGGUGUGGAGCAGGAGCGCGACUGGGCGGCGGUCGCUGCGGUUCAGUGUCGUCUGGACAGAGAAGGAGGAACCAAGCUCUUCACUGACCUGGUGAUGAGCAGCAAGAACGACAAGAUCUUCCAGGAGUGCAUCCAGCUGGCCAUCUGCCUGCUGGAGGGGGGGAACACAGAGAUACAGAACUCCUUCUACAAACUGAUGAUGGGCGACAACAAGUCAGAGAAGUUCUUCAAGGUUCUCCACGACCGGAUGAAGGAGGCUCAGACGGACAUUAAAGCCACGGUUUCUGUUAACGUUGGAGAGAUGACGCACAAAGCCAACGAGAAGGAGCUGGAGACCGUGCUUCCCGUCGCAGUGGGUCACCCCAUGCUGGCCCCAGGUCAGUCCAUCGCCCCGGCGGUGUGCCCCCCCGCCCUGCCGGUCCCCGCUGCAGCGGAGCAGAGGGAGGUGGAGGCGGAGGUGGGCCCCGCCGUCACCAUCAUGAAGCCCAUCCUCAGGUUCCUGCAGCUGCUGUGUGAGAACCACAACCAGGACCUGCAGAACUUCCUGCGCUGCCAGAACAAUAAGACCAACUACAACCUGGUGUGUGAGACCCUUCAGUUCCUGGACAUCAUGUGUGGAAGCACCACCGGGGGCCUGGGGCUGCUCGGGCUCUACAUCAACGAAUCAAACGUCCACCUGAUCACUCAGACCCUGGAGACCCUCACUGAGUACUGCCAGGGCCCCUGCCAGGAGAACCAGACGUGCAUCGUGACCCACGAGUCCAACGGCAUCGACAUCAUCACGGCUCUGAUCCUGAACGACAUCAGUCCUCUGUGUCGGUACCGGAUGGAGAUGGUGCUCCAGCUGAAGGACAACGCCUCCAAGCUGCUGUUGGCUCUGAUGGAGAGUCGCCAUGACAGCGAGAAUGCAGAGAGGAUCCUGUUCAACCUCCGACCCCGAGAGCUGGUGGAGGUGAUAAAGAAGGCCUACCAUCAGGAGAGUGAGUAUGAGGGUGAGGACGUCUCCCCCCGUGAGGUCGGACACAACAUCUACAUCCUGGCUCAGCAGCUGGCGAGACACAACAAGAUGCUGCAGAACCUCCUGAAACCUCAGAAGAACAGCAAAGAGGGCGAGGAGGGGAUCUCCUCCAUGCUCAACCUGAACAACCGUCCUCUGUCCCAGAUGUUGAAGUCCACCGCUCCAGCUGUUGUGGUGGAGCAGGAUCCGCUGGAGUACUACGACCUGCUCACCUCACAGAUAGAGAUCGUCCGUGACGACCGCAGCAUGGAGCAGAUCGUGUUCCCGGUCCAUCCCAUCUGUGAGUUUCUGACCGAGGAGUCAAAGAUCCGAGUGUUCAACACCACGGAGCAGGACGAGCAGGGGUCAAAGGUCACAAACUUCUUCGAACAAACCUCCUUCCUGCACGGAGAGAUGGAGUGGCAGAAGAAGCUGAGGAGUAUGCCGGUGUUGUCCUGGUUCUCCGGGCGGAUGUCUCUGUGGGGAACUAUCUCCUUCAACCUCGCCGUCUUCAUCAACCUCAUCAUCGCUUUCUUCUACCCCUACGCCUCAGGACAAGUGGGGGCGAUCGACGACAACCUGCUGCUCAUGCUGUUCUGGAUCCUCACCGGGCUCUCCGUGCUGUGCUUGUUCUUCCAGCGCUACGGCCUGCAGCCCCUCACCAUCGCUCUGAUCCUCAGGUCCAUCUACCACGUGGGCAUCGGAAACACCCUCAUACUGCUGGGCUCUCUCAACCUGAUCAAUAAGGUGGUGUUUGUGGUGAGUUUUGUGGGAAACAACGGGACGUUUAUUAUGGGAUACAAAGCCAUGGUGAUGGACGUGGAGUUCAUUUACCACCUGGCCUACGUCCUCACCUCCACGCUGGGACUGUUCGUCCACGAGCUCUUCUACAGCAUCCUGCUGUUUGACCUGAUCUACCGGGAGGAGACUCUGUUCAACGUGAUAAAGAGCGUGACUCGUAACGGGCGCUCCAUCCUGCUGACGGCGCUGCUCGCCCUCAUCCUCGUCUACCUCUUCUCCAUCGUGGGCUUCCUCUGCCUGAAGGACGACUUCAUCAUGGAGGUCGACCCGCUGCUGCACCUCGCAGCUCCUCAGCAGAACGAAGCCUCUCAGGACUUCAUAAAGUCGUGCUCUGCAGACGGAGUCAGCUGCACCACGGAGACCGAAGCUCUCACCGUCACUGAGGAGGAAGAGGCGCCGACCUCGGAGCGGGCGUGCGACACUCUGCUGAUGUGCAUCGUCACCGUGUUGAACCACGGCCUGAGGAACGGAGGAGGAGUCGGAGACGUUCUCAGGAAACCAUCCAAGAACGAGCCGUUGUUUCCGGCCCGGGUGGUGUUCGACCUGCUCUUCUACUUCAUCGUCAUCAUCAUCGUCCUCAACUUGAUCUUCGGAGUGAUCAUCGACACGUUCGCCGACCUGAGGAGUGAGAAGCAGAAGAAAGAGGAGAUCCUGAAGACCACCUGCUUCAUCUGCGGUUUGGAGAGAGAUAAGUUUGACAAUAAGACGGUGUCGUUUGAAGAGCACAUCAAACUGGAGCACAACAUCUGGAACUACCUGUACUUCAUCGUGCUGGUGCGCGAGAAGAACAAGACAGACUACACCGGGCCGGAGAGCUACGUGGCUCACAUGAUCAAAAACAACAACCUGGACUGGUUCCCCCGGAUGCAGGCCAUGUCUCUGGUGGUGACGGACGGGGACGGGGAGCAGAACGAGAUGAGGAUGCUGCAGGACAAACUGGUCUCCACCAUGAAGGUGGUGCUGACCCUCACCCAGCAGCUGAUGGAGCUCAAAGAGCAGAUGACGGAGCAGAGGAAAAGGAGGCAGAGGAUGGGAUUUGUUGACGUUCAGGGAGGAGGGAGCGCUCCCAGCGCCGCGGGGGGGAACCACCAGAUCUACAAAUCAUAAAGAGAGACGAUGAUCUGAAACACAACAUAUCUGAGAGCCAAACAGCUGGACUGUCCUGCACAUGGUUAUCAUAAAGAGAACACUAGAGAGUAGCUGUACAACUGAUAUGUAUUUCACUAAAAGCACAUUUUUUGUUAGCUUUUAUUUUAAGAAUCUGCAGUCCGUGAACAGACAGAAGACUUGCUCUCAGUUUAAUGUAUCUUUUGGUUCAGUUAGAUAUGAAAAGCAAAACAGACCUAUGCAUGUACAAUAUAGACGUAUCUUUUAGACAAAGGACAUGAGAAUAAGUGACGGUUUUCUGUAGCUCAACCUGGAAGUUUCGGAUACUCACAACAAAUUUUUUUUAUAUAAUCGCCAAAAAUUAGUGCUAUUAUUGACCCAAAUAAUCCAACCUACAUUUGAAGUAUUAACCUAAAUGUAUGGUUUAUAAAAAUACUAAAGACUAUUUAAAUAAUGUGGGAUUGUGGAAAGGGAAUCGAAGGAUCAAAGACUUCCUGGUUGGACAACUAGAAGUUAUAAAAUAUAAAGAAAUAUGAUAAUGUAUGUGUGUAAAUGGUAUCAACUCGCUAGGAAAAUAAUCAGAGACCUACCUGCAGCAUUUAGUAAUAUCAGUAAUAUCUUUCUGUGAAUGUAAAGUGAGUUAAAGUUCAAGUGAGUUGUGUGUUCUUUAUUGUAAAUCUGGGGAAAUUCUUGUUUUUUUUAGUAGUAUAUAUUAUUAAUAUUAUUAUGGUUUCAUAGUGGCGUGUGGUGCAGUGGGUUGUGCGUUGGUGUUUGGAUCAGGGGGUCACAGGUUCAAACCCCACUGCAGUCAGCAUGUCGUUGUGUCCCUGAGACAUUUCACCCCGAAUUGCUCCUGUGGGGAUUGUCCACAGUAUUGAGUAUAUUAGUCGCUUGGGAUAAAAGUGUCUAACAAGUAAUGUAUGUAUGUAAUAGUGAUAUUUAUGUUUGUUUUUAACACUGUAACUAGCUCAGUACAGACACUGGAUUUUAAAUGAGCUGCUUUUAGCAAACAGACGGGUACAGAGAUUGGGAGAAGGAAGAACAUGUCUUCAGAAAAUAAAAUAUUUACUAUGAAGAACAAAA